CUCCCAUUACCACAUAUUCUCAUUGAUUUUUAGUAUAAAGGCACCACUCCCAUUACCACAACCCUCAUUCCAUAACCAUCCAAUUCAGAAUACAUUCUUCUUCUUUUUGGUUCACUUUAUUUCAAACUCAUAACCAUGUCUUCUGAGACCGUUGUCCUCAAAGUAAAAAUGUCAUGCUCAGGCUGUUCAGGAGCAGUCAAUAGGGUCUUGGAAAAAAUGGAAGGUGUAGAAUCAUUUGACAUUGAUAUGAAGGAACAAAAAGUGACUGUGAAAGGAAAUGUAAAGCCACAAGAUGUUUUUGACACUGUUUCCAAAACUGGAAAGAAAACUGAAUUCUGGGUAGAACCUGAAAACAAUCCCACAGAAACUGCAACUGAGGCUGAACCUGAAAACAAGCCUUCAGAAGCUGUAACUAUUGACCCUGUUGAGCCUGAUAACAAACCUUCUGAAACUGCCACAGUUGUCUCUAUUGAGCCUGAGAACAAACCUUCUGAAACUGCCACUGUUGCUGCCUAAGACUCAUGUGGUUCUGUUUUUCUUAGAAAUAAGUCUAUUUUAAUUUUGAAUGAUGUUUGGUGUUCAUGUGAUAAAUACUUUCAAUGUGAUGUGUUACUGGUAGUGGUAUAUAAGCUACUAGAAGUCUAUAACUAUGUGUGUUUGGUUUCGUGUUUGCAACAAACAAAAGCAUAUUUGCACGUUUCCUGAUGUGUUUUUGUCGUGAAUCGUGAUCUACAGAAGCUCCAAAUACCAGCUUCUACCCUGACAUAGUUUUUUGCCGUGAUUUCUAUCAAACUUCGUUUUGCAAUUGUUAUACCAAACAUACACUAUAUCUUAUUUUGCAAUUUGUAAUGAAUGUUGUUGACUACUUUAAUUUGAACUAUAAAUCAAAUUGUCCUUGCUGCUAA